CCUACCAUGUUUAAGGCCAUCAUUUUUAUUUCUGGUCAUUAGAAAAACACACAGACUGCUUUAUCUUCAUUAGGACAAACUCAAGUCAUAUGAUGUUAGUGGUGAGGAAAGAAAUAAGACAUUACUAAGAAAUCAUAUUCAUCUGUCAUCCUUUCCUUUUUAGGGGGAAUGAUGAAAGCAAAUUCUACUUAAUGCCCGAAAAAGGCCCUUCCCUGCCAAACCAAAGAAUUCCCGUCAUAGGCUAAUUCCUGACGGGAUUCCCACGGUGGAGCCCCGCCCUCCACUGUUCGAAAUAGGAGUCGGUGCUGAGGACCGUGAUUCUCCCGGAGCAAGCGUCCACAGAGGACAUUUCAGACCAGUCAGAGUCCCAUUACCGGAGCAGUGGACUAAUCUUUGUUUGUGGUCGGUUUUAGACAACUUUCCCUGAGGCUGAAACGGGACUUUGCUGCUGGACCGGAUUCAGGAACUAUAAGCAGUCUGGACUCUUUCUUGUCUUUCGUCAAUAAAUCAAACCUGGAACUCGUGGAGACUUAGCAGCAGUCAGGAUGGAGUCAGACGCCAACGUCCAGUGUAAAAUAGUGGUUGUAGGAGACAGCCAGUGUGGAAAAAGCGCCCUGUUGAAUGUAUUCGCCAAAGACUGCUUCCCCGAGUGCUACGUGCCCACGGUGUUUGAAAACUACACGGCCAGCUUCGACCUGGACAUGCAGAGAGUGGAGCUCCGGCUCUGGGACACCUCAGGUGAGGACACUCCCCACACUGAGCUGCUGGGUGCGGGAUGGGAAAAGUGGCGUGGACCUCCAGUCAGUCCCUUCUUAAAGAUAAGCCCAGUCUUUACCUUAUUAUGAAAGUGGAGGCAUCUUUUAAGUGAGGCUUAGAGGAAAGUUUAAUUUAUCCCAAUUCUGACUAACCUAUUUAGAAGUUUGAUUGAUAAGUAUAGGUAAGUAACCAACUAAAUAAAGCUUUACUCACCAAUUCACAUAAUUCUCUUCACACUCAUUUUACGUCAUUAAAAGCACCUAAAACAAGCCCUUUAUUUUCUGCUUUCUAAUAUAAUGAAACAUUCAGGCACACAGGAACUGCUGGUAAAACUACCUUUAUCUUCCCAUCCUAUACCUCUCAUCUUAAGACUUUGUUAUCAUGAUGAAGAGAGAAAAUUAGGCCUAAAUCCUUUCAUCACUAGCCUUCAUGAAUCAGUUCCUUUAGAACAUAUUAUGUUGCUCUAUGUAAA